AUGGCCUCUUCAAAUUCACCAUGUGCAGCAUGCAAGUUCUUGCGUCGCAAAUGCCAACCCGAGUGUGCUUUUGCACCAUAUUUUCCUCCUGAUCAGCCUCAAAAGUUUGCAAAUGUUCAUAGAAUUUUUGGGGCCAGCAAUGUCACAAAGCUUCUCAACGAUUUGCACCCUCAUCAACGUGAAGAUGCUGUGAAUUCCCUUGCUUAUGAAGCUGAGAUGAGACUCCGUGACCCUGUGUAUGGCUGUGUAGGAGUGAUAUCACUCCUCCAGCACCAACUUCGCCAGCUUCAAAUGGACCUCUAUUGUGCCAAAUCCGAGCUCUCUAGGUACCAAAACCUUAGCAUCACCACCAACCACAGUCUCAUAGCCUCCGAACCAGCCACUCCCUACCACCACCACCACCAGAACAACAGUGGUAAUGGUUUUGGUCGAGAUAAUCAUUACCAUUAUCACCACCAUCAGUUUUUUCCCAGAGACCAACACCAACAAGUAGUGAGAAACUUUGAUGCAGGCAACAACUAUGAUGCAAGCCUCUUGGCCAUGAACAUAUCUGCCAGCUUAGGGCAACUCAACCAGCUUCAGCAUCAGAGUACUGCUGGUGGAGGUGAUGACCGCCACACUGCCAACCGCUCCUAG